UUACCGUAACGACUGCUAUUACUGUGUACUUGUUCAAAUGUGUAUAUUUAUAUUUGCAAGUAGGUCAAAGAACAUGACUAUCGUGGGAUCUUUAAAAAGGAUUUAAUUACAUGGAAUAUAUUCAUUUCUUUAUAGAUAGUUUAUUAACUACAUUUAAUAUCUUAUUACACGAUUUACAUAUAUUGUCACUCAAUGAAGGUCGUAAAAGCAAUGACCGUUUCGGGUAAUAGGUCAUGACUGACGAAGUAUAUAUGUUCGUUACAAGUUGUCCCAAACUGACGAAAUUCAACGACUAUUAAAAUCUGAAAAUAUAUAUGAGGGAUUUAAAAAGAUUUGAGCUCGUUCUGUUAUGAUUUUUCAAUUCUUUUACGAUAUUUUUAGUUAUUUUACACAGUUAUCAAUAACAUCGUUUAUUUUGGUUAUCACUUUUGUAUACUGUUACACUACAUAUUCCGCUCAAAGCGGUAUAACCCUCCUUUACCACCGUCACCGAAUUUUAAACUUCCGUUGAUUGGACAUUUACAUUUAUUGGAGCAUGACAUGAGAAAACCGUUCAGAAAAUACCGGAAACAACUUGGCGAUGUCUUCACGUUGUAUUUUGGUGGAAGGCUGACAAUUGUGAUAUCGGGAUAUGAGACUUUGAGACAAGCCUAUGUUAAAAAUGGAGAGUUGUUCGCCGACCGACCAAGUCUUUAUAUAACAGAUAUUGCUACAAAAAAUCGAGGCUUUACACUUGCGAAUGGGGAACGUUGGAGGAAGCAUCGUCGGUUUGCUUUAAGUACCUUAAAAGAUUUUGGAAUGGGGAAAAGCAAACUUGAGGGAAAGAUCCACGAAGAAGUUGAAUCUUUCUUAUCUGAAAUUGAGGCCCACAAAGAAGAACCCUUUGACCCAAAGGAUAUCAUCAGCAAACACAUAGCGAAUAUCAUAUGCUUCAUUUUGUUCAAAGGCCAGAUUAAACAUGAUGAUCAGCGAUUCUUAGGGAUGAUCAGGCUAUUUGACGAGAACAUGGAAUCUGCUGCUGGUCUCGCAAACCUCAUGCCAUGGUUAGCUGAAUUUCCAGGUGAUCCGCUAAAAUGCAAGAAAAUGAUUAGCAAUGCUGAUAAAGUAUAUGAGUAUGUUGACGAUAUCAUUGAUGAACAUGUGAGGGAGUAUGACGAAAGCGAAAUAGAUGAUCUGACAAGUGCUUAUAUUAAGGAAAUGAAAAGAAAGGAAGCCAAUGGGGAAACAACUACAGUGUGCUUUGAGGAGAUGUCGGGAAUGAUUGGAAAUCUGUUUAUUGCUGGCUCACAUACAACGACUGCAGCAAUAAGAUGGGCAAUAGUGUGUCUUGUUCAGUUUCCCGAAAUGCAAGAGAAAAUGUACGAGAUUAUAUCGUCUAGGAUCGGAAAUGACAGACUGCCAUCUGCUAUGGACAAAACCUCUUUAGGAUACCUUGAAGCUUUUUAUUUGGAAGUAUUAAGGUAUUGCACUAUAACAAUAUCGAGCGGAGUCCAUGCUACAAGCAGAGAUUUGACCUUCAAAGGGUUCACUAUUCCAAAACAUGCGCUUAUUAUGCCAGAUGUGUAUUCUGCUCUGCAUGACCAAGACACCUGGCAUGAUCCCGAAAACUUCAGACCAGAACGUUUUCUUGAUGAUAAUGGCAACAUAAGAAAGCGAGAAGAGAUGAUAGCGUUUUUCCUAGGAAAACGGAAUUAUGUCGGAGAAUCUUUGGCACGAAUGGAUUUGCUGCUGUUUGUAGGAGCGCUUGUACAAAGGUUUCGUUUGGAGAGUCCAAUUGACGAAGCAGUUUCAUUGGAACGCGUUGACGGUGUAUUUGGAUUAGUGCAUACACCGAGACCGUACAGAAUUGUUGCAACUCUCCGCGUUUAGAACAUAGAUGAAUUUUAUAUUAAGAUUUAUAACGCACUACUUUUAUAUAGAAGACAGAUUUGAUAUAAAUACGUUACAUUUUUUAACAGCAACUUUCAUAUUUUAAUAAAAUCAAUAUAAAUUCUCUAUGCUUCGCAUCAAAUCUAUGUCUGAAGAAGCAGGAAUAAUUAGUUGUUAUCAAUAUUUUAGGACGAACAUAUACUACGUACUAUGGCUUCAUGUUGUGCGACAACCUGAAAAGACUUACACUUAAAUAACAUGAAGAAAUCAUUAUUAUAUAUAUAUAGAUGUAUUAUUAUCUUUCUGUUACUAUAAAAAAGAACAUACACAGUUGAAACGCGGUGUUUCGAAUUCCACUGGACCGAGCGUUUUGCUUCGAGAUAACCGAAAUUUGACUUGAAAUGAUAUUUUGUGCACGUGUUCUCGAGACGGGACGGGACUUGAAAAUGUCUUCGAUAAAGCCCGAGUUUUGAGAUAAGCUAGCUCGAUGUAUCGAGUUUCAACUGCAUAUAUAUGUUAUUGAGUAGACUCUUCUUAGACAUUUAUCUGUGAUAAUGUUAAUCAUAACAAACAGUGAUACAGUUAUUUUAAACAGAAAAUGUAUAUUUUGAUACUUUUUUAAAUAAUAGACUUUACAUUUAGUUUAAAUAGAAAGGUAAAAACAGACUGUUUUGUAGUACAGAGUAGCGUACACGCAACGAGACUCGACCUGCGCAAAACAGACUGCCUGUAAUUUGACACUGUAAUAUAGUUAUUUUGUAUUUUAUAUUAUUAUUGUUAUUAUUUACACACUCAAGUCUUCAUUUCCCUUUGUAACCAUUUUGUAUAUCUGGAAUUCACCUUGCGGGGAUAAUAUUUGUUCAUUGUCCUGUUAGUUUAGAACAUAGUGGGGUUAAGUGCGAAAUGAACUAUUUUGCGUGUGGUCUGACUGUAAGCGCUAUCAUUACCUCAAACACGUUUAACGUGCACUGUGUUGAUUUGUAAACGAGUAAAACGUACGGAAAUGUUUCCUUCUUUCUUCUGAAAAUAUAUAAGGAUGAAGUAAAAAUAGAUUUUAUUUACCGUGCUUUUUGAAACAAUAUUAAUAACCUCUGUAGAGCUUUUGAGAGACGACCUAAUUUAAAAACAGUUAAAACCAAUUACCUUCAGCAAUUUCUAGAUGUCCAUUUACUGUUGGACUUCACGAUUAAGUGCCUUGCCUAAAGACACACCCCUGUUGAAGUAGCCAGGGAUCGACCCGAAGGCCUCUACCCCAUUAGGAAAGCGUCGUUGCCCUUUCGGCCAAUGCAUCUAGAUACAGAAGUGUUUGAAAAUAUAUUACAAUUAUGAAACAAUGAGGUGCUGCAUAUAUUUAUGGCUGCAUAUAUCCCAAAAUUGAUGUUCUUAUUUAACGAUAUGGUCACAAAAACAGAGAAUCACUAUGAAUCCUUUUCAAUUACAGUAGCUAACAAAUUGUAUGGGAAAAUGUCACGAUGCGUAGUGUUUUUCUGUCUAGGCAUUCACACUUUUUCCAACAAACGUAUGUUUAGAAAAAUAAAUGUUCUAUUUUAUCACGGUAUACUAGAAACCUUUCCGGCUGUGUCUCAUCGAACUAAGAAAAACGACACUAUAUUUUCAAAAUAUAUUUAAUUUGGGAUCUGCUAAAAUCUGUCUGAAUAAUUUAUUUUAUUACAAUAUAACUAAGAAAAAUAUAA